AUGUUGGAAUUGAAUAAGGUGGCGCUCCUGCUGACCGUCCUGGCUUCUGCGGCUCUGGGCCAAGGAGCAGUGAGGAGCAGGAGUCAGUCGGACCGGAGCCAGAGAGUGGCCUUCAACCCAUUCACUGAUCAACAGACAGCAGGCGUGACCGAGUGGACGUCUUGGUUCAACAUCGACCAUCCUGGAGGAAAUGGAGACUACGAGCGUCUGGAAGCGAUCCGCUUCUACUACAGAGAGAGGGUUUGUGCACGGCCCGUGGCCAUGGAGGCUCGCACCACGGACUGGGUGGCAGCGGCCGACACCGGGGAGGUGGUGCACUCCAGUCUGGAGAAGGGCUUCUGGUGCAUCAACAAAGAACAGCCACAGGGACGCAUCUGCUCCAACUACCAUGUCCGCUUUCAGUGCCCCCCAGUGCAGAGCUAUUGGACCAACUGGAGUGAGUGGGGUCCCUGUUCCACUACGGCUUGCGAUGAUGUAGGAAUCCAGGUCCGCCAGAGGAAAUGUAUCAGUGCUCAGCCUAUGCCCCUCCUGUUGGUGCCGGCGUGUCAGGGGUAUCAUUCAGAGAGGCGGGAGUGCUCCACCCCUCCAUGUACAGCCAAGUGGAAUCCUUGGGGUCGGUGGGGGACGUGUUCUGUUUCCUGUGGUGGAGGACGCAGGAUCAGGAGGAGGACCUGUGUCAGGAGCUCGGUGACGGUGCAGUGUACUGGACGGCCUGUCGAUGCACAGAAAUGCGGAAAGAGUCAAUGCCCAGCCAAAUGUCAGCUUGUGUGCACCGAUGGUCGACCAAGCGAAGACUGCAGCCGCUGUGUGUGCGCCGGCCACGUGCUCCAUGGAGAAGUCCACACUGUGACAGGUGCUCCCGUGGCAGGAGUGUAUGUGGCACUUGCCAGCCAGCCCAAGGUCGUCCUCGCUCGCACUGACGCCAAAGGUCAGUUCAAGCUGGAAGCAGUCUGCUCCUCCAGCUCCACCUUGAUCGCCAUCAGCAAGGAGAAGUUUGUUCCGAUCACCAUCUCCACCAUCAGUAACACCACAGGGAUGUCUCAGGUCCGGGCCGUCCUUAAAUCAGCUGAGAAGCCGUACAUUGUGAAGCACCCAGAGGACAAAGUGCGCUACGAGGGAGGACGGGUGAUGUUUUGCUGCAAGGCAACAGGAUCCCCAGCACCUGACAAAUACUACUGGUACCACAAUGGGACUCUGCUGGACAGGAAGGUGUACAAGUACGAGGAGGACCUUGUGCUGCGAGACCUGAGGAUGCAGCAGUCGGGACAGUAUUAUUGCAAAACCAGCAGCGCUGCAGGCAGCAUCAAGUCCACUCCAGCCUCCCUCACUGUGAUUGAAAAAGGAACGCCAGCAUGCAAUUCCACCCCCGAGAUGCACCUGAUUAGACUGCCGGGGGACUGUGUUCAACCUGGGACUGACUCCAGGUUCUACAACGCUGGCCGCUGCCCUCACAACAAAUGCGCUGGCUCUCUAGACUUUGAUACACGCUGCAGAGAUGCUGCAGGAUUCUGCUGCGGGGCCCAAAAUAUGGACAGUCGAAUCAUCGACUGUGGGAGCUACAGCCUCCCGAUCCGGGCUGUGUCACAGUGUGGCUGUCAGAAGUGCUUGCAGCCAACUGUGCUAGUUCGAGGCAGAGUGGUCACAGCUGACAAUGAUGAGCCUCUGCGCUUUGGGCACAUCUAUAUCGGCAAAGAGAGGGUGGGCACCACUGGAUUUCAAGGAGGCUUCACACUUCAAAUAACUCCAGAUACACAGAGAUUAGUGGUCAAUUUUGUUGACCCCAGUGAGAAGUUUCUUGACACCCCUAAGGUGUUCAUCUUGGACAAGAAAGGUGGAUCAAUCUACCAUAACGUGAAGGUAAUGAGAAAGAAGAUACCGAUUGAUAUCAAUGCAGGGGAGACCAACUCUAUAAACCUAGGAGAAAUCCAAGGGGAAGACCCCAUAGGACAGCUGGUGAUUCCUCCCAAUUCCUUUCAUAAGGACAAUGGAGACAUCUAUGAGGGGAAAGUAAAAGCCAGCGUCACAUUCAUCGACCCUCGAAACAUCACUACUGCUGCUGCGGCACCCGGCGAUCUCAACUUUGUGGACGAUGAGGGAGACAUGCUCCCUUUGAGGACCUAUGGCAUGUUCGCUGUGGACUUCAGAGAUGAAACCAACAAUGAAGUACUCGGAACCGGAGCAGUUCAAGUCCUCCUCGACACACAGCAUGUCAAAAUGCAGGAGCAUAUUUCCAAAAUGAAACUGUGGUCUUUAAACCCAGACACGGGGGUCUGGGAGGAGGAGAGCGACUUUUCGUACACCCAAACGACUGGAGGUCAUGGGCGCAGCAAACGAGAGGAGCGCACAUUCCUGAUAGGCAACAUGGAGAUCAGAGAACGUAGACUCUUCAACUUAGAUGUGCCUGAAAACAGACGCUGCUAUGUGAAAGUGCGGGCCUACAUGAGUGAUAAAUUCCUUCCAACUGAACAGCUGGAAGGUGUUGUGAUUACUUUGAUAAACCUAGAGCCUAAGCCUGGAUAUUCAUCUAAUCCUAGGGCAUGGGGCCGCUUUGACAGUGUCAUAACUGGAUCUAACGGGGCCUGUUUACCAGCUUUCUGUGAUGCCCAGAGGCCUGAUGCCUACACAGCAUAUGUUACUGCGAUGAUGGGUGGGGAAGAACUCGAGGCAGCUCCCUCCUCCCCCAAGAUGAAUCCAAACAUCAUUGGAGUGUCUAAGCCAUAUCUGGAUAAGAUAGAGUACCAGCGUUCAGACCACGAGGAUCCAGCUCUGAAGAAAACAUCCUUCAAAAUCAACUUGGCAAAGCCUAAUCAAAACAAUUUUGACGAGACCAAUGGGCCAAUAUAUCCAUACAAGAAUUUAUUAGGUUGUGAAAAUUCCCCCGUGGAUGCGAAUCAUUUCCGAUUCUUCAGAGUAGAAAAGGACAAGUACGAAUACAACGUUGUUCCUUUUGAAGAGAAUGAUUUGACAACCUGGACUGGAGACUACCUUUCCUGGUGGCCAAAUCCCCAGGAGUUCAGAGCAUGCUACAUCAAGGUUAAGAUCCAUGGACAGAAGGAAGUGAUGGUCAGGUCACAGAACCUGGGAGGGACGCACAGAGAAACCAAAGGCAAACUUUACGGUAUUAGAGACAUUCGCAGCACCCGGGACAUGCGAGAGGCCAACACCUCUGCUGCCUGUGUGGAGUUCAAAUGCAGCGGCAUGUUGUUUGAUCAAGCUGAGGUGGACAGAUCCCUCAUAUCGCUUCUUCCACAAGGUAACUGUCGCAGGAUUAGCACCAACAGCCUCAUACAAGAGUAUCUCAUCAAACAUUCACCAGUCGCUCAAAACAACGACUCCCAUGCUUUCACCAUGCUAGCUCCUGUUGAUCCUCUGGGACACAACUAUGGGAUCUACACAGUCACAGACCAGAAUCCCAGGGUGGCCAAGGAGAUCGCUAUUGGGCGCUGCUUCGACGGCACCUCAGAUGGUUUCUCCAGGGAGAUGAAGACGGACUCUGGAGUGGCGCUGACCUUCAGCUGCCCUGAGAGGAAAAUUAACAGGGAAAGCCUCUUCCAGCGCCUGCAGACAAAUCCGGGUCAGACGCUGUCUCAAAUGGCAAGGGACAUGAGGGAGUCGGAGGGUCUACAGGUGCAGAGAUCAUCCACCCAGGUGGUGGCCUAUCCUUCAGAGCAGCGGAUGGGAACCCAGGGACGCAGAUUUAGCUCUACUAGCAGGAGGAGAAUGCCCAUGCGCACACAGCAGCGCCAGUAG